AUUGAAUGACAACAGCUGUGUUUUAUUUUUGUUUGUAGAUUUUCAAUUUUUUCAGACGAUUGUCGCGACAAAUUUUUAAAAUAAUAUAAAACAAAAUAUUUAAUAUUAUGAAAAUAUUCAUUUAAAUCUGAAAAUGACUUCAUCCUGUCUAACUUGUACGAAAAGUGCUCAAUCCGACGAAUCGAUCACAAUCUCCAGCAGCUCGGUUGCACAGAAUGCAAUUGCGAAGCAUUUUUGGUUCAAUGAGGACGAUCGAGCGAAUGCAGUCUUGUGCCAGCUGUGCUGGAACAAAAUCGAUGAAUUCCAUCAAUUCUACUGCGAGAUCGAAAGGAUCCACUUCAACGAAAGUGACCAUCCAAUACAAUUGUUGGAAAUUAAGCAGGAGCAGGAAAUCGCAGCAGCGGCGAGCGUCAAGGAUGAAGUAGAGGAACUUGGUGAGGAUGGGGCUGAUGUUGUUAGAGGCGAUGAUAGUGAACAAUCGGAUGGGUACUGUCCCAGCGAGAAGGAAGAAUGCGACGAUGAUGAAUCUGAUCAUGACGAUGUCAAAGUUAAGUCUGGCCGAAAAAAGCCGACUUCACUGGACAAAGAUGAGCGGAAGAAUAUUGAUAAAUACGCUGCAAAGCACGUGAGCUUGGAAUGCAGCUACUGCUCUGUGAAGUAUCCUACUUUUGACCUUCUGCAGAAACAUUCUAAGAAGACACACAGAAGGUCAACAACCGUACUAUGCUGCAAGAAGAAAUUCUGCCAAAGGGGCAGAUUCUACGAUCACAUUCAGUAUCACCUGAAUCCGAACCAGUUCAAGUGCGAAAGUUGCGACAAGCGGUGCCCGAGUUCGGAGGCUCUAAAGAGUCACAUGGACAUCAAACACGUCGCGGAGAAGUUGUUCGAGUGCGAAAUGUGCCCUAAGAAGUUUGCCCUGAAGAGUCUGGUGGUUGCGCAUCGUAAGAGGUGCCAUCCGGAAUCUGAGAAUGAAAUCGAUGGAGACAAUGAUGGAGAGGAGGGCGAAGAAGCGGAGGAUACCGAUCAAGCGAAGGCACAAUCCCAGAAAGCGAUUAGGGACGAGGAGUUUAUCGUGGCGAACAUCAGUCUCGAAUGCCACGUGUGCAGCGAGAAGCACAGUACGUAUCAGGCGUUUCUGAGGCAUUCUCAGUCGGCACAUGGGGAACAUGCGGCCGUCUUCUGCUGUGGGCACAAGUUCACCCGAAAGCCUCGAUUGAUCGACCACAUACUGUACCACCAGAAUCCGGAACGGUUCCGUUGCAAAGUCUGCUCGAAGCAGUUCAAGCAUAGCGAAGCGCUGAGCACUCACGUGGGGAAGCAGCACGUCCAGGAGGAAGCGAAAGUCUUCCAGUGCAGUGUGUGCGCCAAAGGGUUUUCGAAGCAGUCGUAUCUGAACGUACACGAAAAGUACCACCGGAAGAUGAACGAGAAGAACUUCCGCUGCGAAGCAUGCGAUAAGUACUUUGCGUUCGAGUCGAUGCUGAAGCAGCACGAACGACUGGUUCAUACCAAGGAGUGUCCGUUUGUGUGUCACGUUUGUGCUCGGGGAUUCCAGGCGUUGUCCUCCUAUUCGUCGCAUUUAGCGUCCCAUGAUGAGGAAGCUAAGAAGGACAAACCUCCGGAGGAACGGCUGCAAUGUUCCGUUUGCAGCAUUUGGGUAUACAAACAAAACUAUCGAAAACAUGUGCUACUUCAUUCGGGAACGCAGACGUGCGACAUCUGUGGCCAAGAGUGCAAAAGUGUUAUGGCCCUGCGGUACCACAAGGCUCAACAUCGGAGGGGCGAUUGCAGCUGCUCCGUUUGCGGGAAGACAUUCAAGAGAAAGAUCUCGCUCAAGGAGCACAUGGCGUCGCACACGGGCGAAGUUCUGUACCAGUGCGACUUUUGCGAUCGGACGUUCAAUUCGCACGCAAAUCGAGCCUCCCAUCGGAAGAAGAUGCAUCCGAAGGAGUGGUACGAGGACAAGAUACGGAAGAAUCCCAACAUGCUUAAGGAACAGCAGGAAUCGGUUGGGCAAAUGGAGGACAAUAUAUGAUGUAGUGAGAGUUCAGAAAGGUACUAAUAUUAGAUAAGUUUUGAAUUUUGUAACCAGAAUAAGGAAUGCAUAAGUUAUUUAGAAUAACCAAAUUUCAUGAAAAGAUUUUUAAUGCUACGGA